AUGUUAUUGGUCUAUUGGAAAAAUGAAUAAUAAACGAAUAAACUUGAAGAUGUAUUCAAUUAAAUUUCAUAUCAUAGGCUCUACCUGUGCUAAAGUUCAUUAAAAGUUCAGUUAAUGAUAAUAAAUGA